AUGCCUCCACCAAUCCUAUCCUCCCCCUUCCGAACCCUCCCCAAAGCAAACCCACUGUCCAACAUCCCCUUUUCAAACCGAGGAAUCUUCAACGUCCAAAUCCCACAACCACAGGACACAAAGUCCAGUACGAGUGAGCUUCCGGAGAGGAUGGUGAGUGGGGAGUUGAAUCCUUGGGGUAAGAGGCAGAUGAAGGAGGGGAAAGCGACUGAGAUUGAGGUAAAAGAGGAUGUUGAAAUAAUGAAAGAGGAAAAGAAGAGGGAGGAUGAGGAAAGAGAAGAGGGAAAAGAGGAGGGAGGGAGGGAGGAGAAUUGGUUUAGUCGUUUUGAGAGGAGUAGGAGGAUGAGAUGA